CUACUGCCAAAAUGUCGAAUUUAAAAUCGUAUACUAUAGAUGAAGUCAAGAAACAUAAUACAGCAGAAAGUUUGUGGAUAGCUAUACACAAUAAAGUAUACGAUGUCACUGCCUACAAAGAGGAGCAUCCUGGUGGACCAGAAAUACUUCUUGAUAAUGCUGGUACGGAUGGAACGAAAGAAUUCGAUGAUAUUGGACACAGCCCUGAUGCUAAAAAAAUAAUGCAGAAGUAUUUAAUCGGGACUCUUGAAGAAAAACCAUCUAAAUCCUCCACAUUUGAUGCCCUAAAAGCUGACUUACAACAAAAUUUUUACAGGUAUGCAGCAAUUCUCUCGGUGUAG